AUGGCUGGAAUUACAGUUGCACCGCCAAUUUUCUCAGGAGGUAUUGAUGAAAACAUUAAUACUUUUAUCAGGCAAUUUCAAGGAUUUUUAGCUGGAGUUGGUAUUAAUCCAGUGGGAGCUCAAAAAGAAAGAGCUAUUGGUAUGCUCCGAAGUUGUUUACAAGGACCUGCUGGUGAGUGGUAUGAUGAAAUUAUUCUCGGAAAAAGAUGGAAGUUAGUUCAUGUACUUGACAAUCAUGGUUUGGCAACAACUGGUAAUGCUGGUGGUGCUGGAUUAGGGAAUAUUCGAGUUAGAACUAUGGCUCAGAUGAAUGGCACUAACAGUUUUAGACCACAUUCUUUGGCAUCUACUUUUGCAAAUAUUGGUGGAAAUAAUGCAGUUACAGUAGGUGAUGUAGUUGCUAGAAUGAUUCCUCUUGAAGGUUUUGAAGAAGAUUGGACCAAUUCUGGUGGAGAACCUACAGAUGAUCCUGUUAAUGUAUUUGUAGAGAGGUGCAAAAUACAUUUUGGUAAUCUUGAACAAGGUGAUGAGCCAGUUAAAGAAUUUUAUCGUAAAUUAAAACAUUAUGGCGAUUUACUACAUUUUGGCAAUGAAAUAAUUGAGCAUCAUUUCUUUAUGGGAUUAUCACCAGAUAACCAGCUUGAAGUAGAAAGAAUUGGUUCUGAUAAAUCUAUAGAAGAAUUGGUUAAAUCUUUAGAACAAGUUGAAAAACGCAAAUCUGAAAUGAAAUUGGGUUUAACAAAGAGAACAAAAGCUAAUGCAUCUUAUGGCCAACCUAAUUUAUCUGAAGAAAUAAAGCCUCAAGCUUCUGGUUCAUCAUAUAAACCAGGUUCAGGGUUUUUGCCAGAAGAUGUGGAUAGAAUGAUCAAAAGUGCUACUGAAAAAAUUACGCAAAAUUUUCAGAUACAGAUUCAGGAAUUACAAGCAAAAAUUCCAACA